AUAAACUCAGUAGUCCUACAUUUGGCAUUUACUACUAUAUAUGUUAUGUAUACCAAUAUUAAUUUCAUUCACAUUCACAUUCACUCGUACUAAGUUCUCUUCAACCACUCUUUCUUUCUAAAUCCUGCAAAUACAAAAGCAUUAGGAAUGGUACAAUCAAACAAGUUCAGGGGAGUAAGACAGCGUCAGUGGGGCUCAUGGGUGUCAGAAAUUCGUCAUCCAAUAUUGAAGAGAAGGGUAUGGCUAGGUACAUUUGAGACAGCUGAGGCUGCAGCAAGGGCAUAUGAUCAAGCAGCAAUUUUGAUGAGUGGUAAAAAUGCAAAGACCAAUUUCCCUAAACCAAUGGAUCAAAAUGAAGAUUCCAAUGACAUAACCUCACAUUGUGAUAAUAAUAAUAAUAAUGAUAAUACUUCAAAUGAUCUUUCUGAUCUCCUUAGCAAAAAGCUUAGAAAAUGUUGUCAAAAACAAUCUCAAUCCAUCACUUGUUUGAGGCUUGAUGAUGACAAUUCUCACAUAGGAGUGUGGAAAAAAGGAGUAGGUCAACAUUCUGACUCUAAUUGGAUCAUAAGGGUGGAGCUUGGAAAGAAUAAACAUAUUGAAGAGGGUCAUGAUGAAUAUUAUUAUAAUCAUGUGUCAUCAUCAUUAGAAGGAUCAAUACCUAACAAUAGUAAUGUUGGUGGUGAUCAUGUUGGAGAAAAUCAUGAAGAGGACAUUGCUGCCAUGGAGAUGAUCGAAGAACUACUUAAUUUAAACUAAAAAAAAAAAGUAGUUUGUGUGUCACAUUUGUUGAAAUAGAAUGUUCCUUUUGUUCUCUUUUUUCUCUAUUUUUUUUAUAAUUGUGUACAAAUGAUGUGUAAUGUCUUUUAAUAGUAAUAAGUGGGAUUUAAAAACUCGUGCAACUCACGAGAAGAUAAUCGUUGUUUAUAAACUAUUUUGUAUUUAUUGUAUAUAAUUAUUUUC